ACAGUUUUAAGCGACCGCUGUUAGUCAUGUUUGAUAAUCAUGAAAUGGUGGGAAGAAAAUAUUGCAUAUUAUGUCAGAGUAUUUAUAGCAUUAUUCAAAGAAUUACUUGCGCAUAAUAGUUAUUAAACAUGUUCGAGAAGGUAGUGCUGAAAAGUAUUUUAGUGUUAUUUAUUUGGCAUCAAGUACAAAGUCAUGUAGCUAUUAUUGAUCCUGGAGGACAAUUGACUGAAGCGACACAUACUCGAUUGCUAAAAUCACCAAUUUCACACAGCAAUGUUCCUAAUACAGCAACCGCAUUUCCGGUAGAGGAUCAAGCCGUCGCUGCAUCGCACAAAAAAAAGAAGAAAUCGAAAAAAUUUAAAAAAGGCGGUGGUUCUAAUCACAAAGAAGAUCAUUUCCACAAAAAAGGUGAUAAAGCUGAUAAAGGAUAUAAGUCUCACCACGAGGAACAUAAGGGUAAAAAGGGACAUCACAAAAAGGAAGGAAAAAAAAAGCAUUUCUCUGAACACGGUGGACACAAGAAAAAACAUCAUGACGAGGGAGGAUAUUACGCGGACCACCAUAAAGGGGAGAAGGGUGAGAAAGGACAUAAAUUUGAGGACAAAGGAGCGUAUAAAAAGGGCCACAGUACCAAAGGAAAACACGAAGUUCACAAAUUAGAUGAGUAUAAAAAGCAUAAGGACUUCUAUGAUGAGCACCAUGACAGCGGUCAUCACAAGAAACAUGGUGGCUACGAGAAAAAACAUGGUCAUAAGGAAGGUAAGAAGUACAAGAAAGGACAUAAACACUCUGGACAUCACCACGACCAUAAAGGCAAAAAAGGAAAACACAAGAAUGGCAAACAUUACAAAGAAGAGAAGGGUCACAAAAAUGCAGCUGGUCACGACGAAAAGUACGGACACGAAAAAAAAUACGGGAAAAAGGGAGCGCACGAUGAACACAAAAAAUGGAAAUUCAGUAAAAAACAAUAAGUUUAUUAAUAAUGUCUGUUUUGUUUUGAGUAACGGUAAUUUUUCUAAUAAUUAUCUAUAUUAAUUGACAUUCCAAACAACGACUGAAUGUGUUUAUGACAUUUUAUCAUUUAUAAUGAUAGUGGUAAUAAUUAACUCAAAAAUAAUAUUUAAAUAUGCAUUUUUUAUUGACAAUUUUUACGUGAUGCAAUUUUUAUAAAUAAUAAUAUAUUUGAA